CUUUUAUUUUGAAAUACCGGCGUUUGAGCGUUGUGUAUUUUUUCUGCGUUCAGUGGAGCUGCAGUGUCGUGCGUGAUUCGAGACUGUUCAUACAAUGGCUGAUGAUGGUCUUGCAGAGGAUUACCCCACUGAAAUUGAGGAAAACCUGAAUGAUUUUGAUUCCUCUUUGAGCUCUGUCCAGAAUAUGGUCCAAACACUCGUGUCUGUAUCCAGAAGUGACAAUCUGCUUAAACUGGAUCCUCUUGAUCAAGCUAAAUUGGAUCUGAUGUCUGCAUAUGCCCUUAACUCGAUGUUCUGGAUGUAUCUGGUGACACAAGGAGUCAAUCCGAAAGACCAUGCGAUUAAACAAGAAUUGGAGAGAAUCAGGACAUACAUGAACAAAGUCAAAGAGAUCACGGACAAAAGAAAAGCUGCACGUCUGGACAAAGAUGCAGCGUCACGGUUUGUACGGAAUGCACUGUGGGACACAGAGGACAAGAAAAGAAAAGACACAACUGAACAUCCCAAGAAAGGAAAACACAUAAGGUUUUCUUGAUUGAACUGACUGGUGAGACAUUGAAGUUUUCCUGCAAAUAUUUAGCCGACUUUGGGAUUACACAACAAAUAUCUCAUUGCAUUGACAAAUUGCAUAAGAAGACACAUGACAUGUUAUGAUGCUGUGGUGAGCAGCAUCAUUCUUUUCGGUCGUGACUAGUUUCAAACUAAAUAAGAAACCCAAUAUAAGUUACAGGUGUUUGUUUUUUUUAAUCUUUUUUUAUUGUUUUACUCCAUUGCAUUUGAAGAGAAUGGGUUUUUUUUUUUUUUCUUUUUUUUUUUUUUCUUUUGCGUUUUGAGUAUGUUUUAUGUCUGGGGUUAUAUACUCUGAAAUGUGGACCAUCCAUAAUACCAGUCCCAUUAAAACUACUAAAUCCUC